AUGAAGAUUAUUGCAUUUCUCUGUGUUGUGAUUGCAUUGUCAUCAGCCACUGAAGCCAUCGACAUCUUUAAUACAGUACAAACUGCUUAAUAGUUAGUUACCAAAAACAGAUUUUGGAAGAACAAUAUUACAAACUGUCUAAUUGGAAUUGUCAAAUGGAUCAGCAGUAGAUUCUGUUGUGGAUUCAUUAAAUGAAAUAUUGAGAUCAGCCGAAUAAGAAAAAGGAGCUAUUCAAGCUAAUUUGAGAAAUAGACAAGCUUAAUGUCAAACAAGACAAGAUGAUGCUUAGAGUGUAAUUGAUAGAGCAAAUGCCAAGAGAGCUGAUGAUGAAAGAAAAUGUAUAGACUUCAAUUCAUAUGCUAGUGCCAUUGAUCAAUGAAGAAUUGAUUAGCAAAUAAGAACAAGCAUUAGUGAAGGACUCUGAAGAACAAAGAAAUAAUGACAAACUCGCACUCAUUACAGCUACAAGAGAGGAACAAAAAUAAGAAUAUCAAGAAAGAAGAAAUGAAUUAACAAACUAUGUUGCAGCAUUAGGAGAAGCAAAAUCAAUUGUUUCUGGAUUAGGUUCUGUUAGUUUCUUGCAAGUCAGUUCAAGUGAACAUUAUUCCAAAUUCAGUAUAUCUGAAUCUCUAUUAUUUCUAGAGGAAGCAUAUCCAAAGCCCAGAGGUUAUGGAAUCAUGGUCGAAUUGUUAUUGAAGGCAUCAACAUAAGCUAAAACCCCAGAAUAAGUUGAAAGACUCGUUGCUACCAUUUAGGGAUUAAUUGAUUCAAUCUACGAACUCUAAAAGUAAGAAUUGUUGGUUGACGAUGCAAGAGAAGUUGAAUUCAUCAGACAAAGGUACCUUCGAUUUUACUAAUAAAUAGAGAGAUCAUACUUUUAGCUAAUCAAACUUUGGCUGCAUCAGUAGCAGAAUUGAAGGCUUAAGUCUUACAUUUACAAUAGGAUAUUGUCGAAGUAACAAACGAUGUCAAUACUAACAAAUAAAUUGCAUCCAUCAAAACAAAGGAACUUAAUGAUUGGGUCAAAACUUGCUAAGAUGAGGAGAAGAAUCUUAGAGCCAUCUUUGAUAGCAGGUAAUUCAGUAUAAUUAAUCUGGUAGAGUUGGAUAAGUGGAAACAGUCAAUCAAAUACUCAUAAUAUUCAACUCAGGUUUAAGUUAAGAAUUAAGAAAAUCAAUUGCAGAAAUAUAACUAAAUUGAUAAAGCAUAUCAUAAAUAGGAUU